AUGGCAGACGAUGAGAAGAAAAAGAAAGAGCCUGAAAGAAGAAGUAUAAGAAUUGAUGAGUACUUUAUAAAAGCAGCGAAAUCGGAUUCAGUGGAACGAGAAAUUGCUGAAAAAAAGAAAGAAGAAGAAGAAGAAGGGGAGAAUAAUCAACAGAAAGAAGUGGCCUUGCAAGACCUGAAAUGCCCGAAGAGAAAACUGGUAUUCGAGACGGACGACACAGAUGAUAUUGCGAAAAAAAAACAGGCGGUUCGGAAUCGGAAAAGUGGCGGCGCGAUGAAGAAACUGGAGAAAGGACAGAGAAUAUUGGAUUGUGGUCAGAAGUUGAUCGGAAGUACUACGUGUAAAGAUUGCGAAAUGGUAUACUGUGUGGACGAUGCGGCGGAUGUGAAAGCACACGAGAAGUUUCAUAGAGAAUGGAAGUUUCGUUUCGAGAUUCCCAAAACUUUUGUGAUGCAAAUGUUAAAAUUCUACAAUCGAGACAUGAAUGACUACAAAGUGUACUAUCUGCAUACGUCUGGCGAGGAGGCGUUCAAGAAAUUGAUGUCAAAACACAUCGGAGUCAUCAAUACGUAUCUCGGAUAUACUGGAACAGACGACGUUUGGUCAACGGAUAAACGCAUUUUCAUGAUUCUCUUGUUACGAGAGGAGCGAAUGAUGAUUGGAGGGAUUCUGAUUAUUGAGAAAGUUACGAAAGCGUAUACUAAUGUUACUAGAAAGAAGAUGGGGCAGCGCUUUAAUGGAAAUUAG